GUUGAAGAGUGUAGGAAACGUAAUGCGUACCGGUGCAUAUCGCUUAGGAGCCCGCAGGCUAGGAGGAUAUCCGAAAGCAAUAUCGUGAGACAGCUCUGCAGGCGCCAAGAAGUGAUUAAAACUGCACCAUACCCAAGGCAAACGCCCAUCUCCUGGAGUAGGCAGAGAUCAAUUUAAAAGCUUGCGUGGUAUUCAUCCUCUGAGAAGCUGAAGUGUUCGCAAGGAUGUACACCGGGAGCAGUAGGGCACCUCAGCAGGCCGCAGCAGUGCCAGCAGCGGUCCCGGGCGUCAGCAGCAAGACGCCUCAGCAGCGCACAAUCAGCCGGUUAACGCUGGCCCUUCAUGUUACCGUCGCAUGCGUAGCUCUCAGCGUCGCCUUCGUGUUGUUCGACAACUCGCUAUUCUCAUGGCAUCCAGCCCUCAUGAGCAUUGGCUACAUCGUCUUCAUGACCGAGGGGCUGAUCGCAGCGAUCCACUUCAGGCAAAUCGAAGGAGCGGAGCGUGUUAAGGCUAUCUGGAGCCAUGCACUUCUGCAAUUGAGGGCCGUAGUAUGUAUCAUCAUUGGCUUUGGCGUGAUCUACCGUAAUAAGAUCCUGUUGGGCAAGUCGCACUUCAUGACACCGCAUGCAAAGUUCGGUCUCGCCACGCUGGUGCUGAGCCUGCUGAUGCCGGUGUGGGGACUGGUCAGCUUCCGGCGGAUGGGCAUUAUCCAGCGUUUCCCCGAGCGCUGGCACCCACGCAUUAAGGCGCUGCACCGUCAGCUUGGUGUCAUUACCUGGCUGCUGGCGCUGGUCACGAUUGAGCUGGCGCUGCCGCACCCUGCAGUCAACAAGGGCCGGCUGACCAUGGCAUGGCAGGGCGGAGUGGGGCUGAUUGGGCUGUUAUUGGCCGCACUGUCAUAUAAGGCCUCGGUUGGAGCUAAGCAGCUCGCUGGACCGGAGGAUGCAUUGUGCAAGACGGUAUAGGAGGUGGUCAAGGUGGAAUUGCAUGCGCUUACUAAGGCAUAAGAGUCUGGUCUACAUAGUUUCAGCCUGCUGGCUGGGUUGGUUUAGGCUAUUCCUACCAAAAUUUGGCAUCGCUGAUCAUCUGUAGUUCAUUGGAUAACCGUUUCAUGUCUGGUGUUCACUUGCACCACACGUAGUCGCGCCCAUUCAGGUCGUGCGGUUGCGAACGGUAUGAACUUAGUUUUUCAUAAGUACUAUACUAUUGUAUGAGUUAAUCUCUUGCAAGAUCAAUCGUGAGCUCCAGUCGCUCGUGUUCCACACAUAGCUAGGGUGUAAGCUUUCACUGUUGGUCGCUUUCUGAUACUGUUGGUCGCUCUUUCUUAACAAUGCAAGCGCACUUAGAAGCUCUGCGUGGCCGCGGCUCAGUUCGUUGUGCACGAGCGCGAAGCGACUGCUCGGUCAGGGGACACAACGUUGUCACAGCCGCUGUCCCUGUAAAACAAGCCACUCAAACUCAUAGGCUUGACCAUAGAACAGAUAGCGCUACGACGCGCCGGGAGCUCCUAUUCAGCGUGGCCAUGGGUUCGUCGCUAUUGCCGAUCGUCGGACAGCAACUUGCGCUUGCAGCUGGGAACAAUGAAGUUGGGAGCUAUCUGCCUGCCUACGGUGUAGAUGACCUGGUGCUGUUCGUCCCGUCCGCUGCCAAGACGCCCGCCCUUCGUGCGGGCACGGUUGACAACAAGUCCCCAUACCAAUUCGCGCUGCCUCCAAAUUUUGUUGAGCAAAAGGUCGCCAACAUCCAGAGCGGCAACUACUGCCAACCGCGGUGUGAUGAGCCGUGGACGGAGGUGGUCUUCGAGGGCGCUCAAGGCGGACGGGUAGAGCUCAUCGUGUCACCGCUGCAGAAACUGACGCCGCGCAAAAACGUCAAGGUUGAGGACUUGGGCACGCCGGAGCAGCUCCUGGAGCGCAUCGGCAACUACAUCACGGGCAGCUACCUGGAUGAGGAUGCACUGGUGGCUUGCAGCAGCACCGCGCGGAAUGGGCUCACAUACUACUACUACGAGUUGAAUGCGCCGUACUCCAAGAUCGGCGCCCGCUCGUACACCGCCUGCACCGUGAAGGGUGACCUGGCUUACCUCUUCAUCGCAAGCGCAACGGAGAAGCAGUGGGGGCGGCAGGAGGAGCGGCUACGCAAGGUGGUGGAAAGCUUCCGGGCAUGAGGGGCGGGCGGUUGGAACGGCUGGAUGCGUGCCCCUGCUCGGUGGGCGAGCGAUGCGGGUCAUGCAGAUGAUGUCAGGCAAUGUAGGGAGAGUUGCACCGAAUGGGCGGGUUUUGGAGGAGAUGGGUGAAGUGAAGGAAGAUCGGCUGGACUAGAUGAGAGGAGGGCUUUGUGCUGCGGGAGUGUGUUUUAGCUGCAGGAUUGCAAGGGUGCCGGCCGUUAAUGGGGUUGCGAUCAGGCGUUAGCGACGAUUGUAGUGAACGAGAGCGGAGUUGGCUUGACGUCCGAUUACGUCCGUCGAUGUGAAGGAAAGACGGUGAGAGGGAGAGAGAGGAAUGGAGAGGGUCACUAAGUGCACAGGGCCUGAAUUGCUGACUGUCAACAUGUGGGAUGUCCUGGGGCGCCAGGACAGCGAACAUGGAUGGGUACAGAACUGGCGGAUAUGGAUGAAUACAG